AUGACCUACAUUGACAAUAACAAAGACGAUACUUUUUAUUUAGGGUUCGAUCUUUCCACCCAACAACUUAAAUGCCUAGCAAUUACUCAAAAUCUUAAAAUCGUCCAUUCUGAAACAGUUGAAUUUGACAAGGAUUUGCCUCAUUAUGGUACACAAAAGGGAGUCUUUAUCAAUAAUGAAAGAAUAGAGUCUCCUGUGGCUAUGUGGCUAGAAGCCUUAGAUUUAGUACUAACCAAAUAUAAAUCUGCAAACUUUCCAUUAGAUAGAGUGCAAGCCAUCUCAGGAUCCUGCCAACAACAUGGUUCUGUAUAUUGGUCAAAACAAGCACCCAACUUAUUAAAAAAAGGAAUUAAAAACGGUGAGACAACUACUCUAAUAGAACAACUAUAUCCAAUGGCAUUUACUAGAUUGACCGCACCUAAUUGGCAAGAUCAUAGCACAGGUAGUCAAUGCCAACAAUUAGAAACAUUAACUGGUGGACCAAGUAAAAUGGCUAAUAUUACUGGGUCUAGGGCCCACUUUCGGUUCACUGGUUCUCAAAUAUUGAAAAUUGCACAGGAAGAACCCGAGACCUAUGCAAUUACAGAUACUAUCACUUUGGUGUCUAAUUUCUUAAGUAGUAUUUUAUGCGGUAAAUUAAUACCAUUAGAAGAAGCAGAUUGUUGCGGAAUGAAUCUUUAUGAUAUCCCUAAAAGAGAUUUUAACCGUGACUUGACACAAUAUAUAGAUACUGAAGCUUCAAAUAAUAGCCACAAUCCAAAGAACAAUAAAACUCUAGUUGAAAAAUUACUUGGACCACCUAUUAAAUGUGGAUUCACCCCCCAUAAUUUAGGUCCCAUUGGCACAUAUUUCAUUAAAAAAUUUGGUUUCAAAAAGGAUUGUAAUAUUUUCCCCUUUACUGGUGACAAUCUAGCUACCAUCUGCUCACUACCUUUACAACAAAAUGAUAUCUUAGUCUCUCUGGGGACAAGUACCACUGUUUUAUUGGUCACAAAUCAGUAUCAUCCUUCACCAAAUUAUCAUUUCUUUAUUCAUCCGGCUAUACAAAAUACAUAUAUGGGUAUGAUUUGUUAUUGUAAUGGUGCCUUAGCAAGAGAAAGAAUAAGGGAUGAAUUAAAUAAGAACCAUAAUCUCCCCACAUCAAAUAGUUGGGAAUUGUUCAAUAAAGCCAUACUAGAUAAGGAUGUGGAUACGUCUAAUGAAUUAGGUGUAUACUUUCCAUUAAGUGAAAUUGUACCUAGUGUGUCUCCUGUAACAAAAAGAAUCAUUUUCGAUAAGACUACUGGUGAAAUUGAUCAUGAAGUGAAGCAAUUUAUUAAUAAAAGCCAUGAUGCCAAAAAUAUUGUUGAAUCACAGGCUUUGAGUUGCAGGGUGAGAAUAUCUCCAUUAUUAAAUAAUUCUGUAAAAGAAAAUAAAUCUACAAAUAAGAAGGUUACCGUCUCAUUUGAUUAUGAUAAAGACAUCCCACUGGCACAGUUUUUGCAUAAAAGACCAAACAGAGCAUUCUUUGUAGGUGGCGCUUCUAAGAAUGAUGCUAUCGUAACCAAAUUUGCCCAAAUAUUAGGUGCUACUGAAGGAAAUUAUCGUUUAGAUACGCCCAAUUCUUGUGCACUUGGUGGUUGUUACCUAGCAUUAUGGUCUGAUUUAUAUAAAAAGGAAAUCAUAUCUUCCAAAUUUGAUGUUUUCUUACAAGAAAAGUUCCCCUGGAAUGAACUAGAACAUAUUUGUAACUCCAAUACAGAUAUUUGGAAUGAAUAUAACAACAAGAUAGUGCCAUUAAGUAGACUAGAGUCUUCUUUGUAA